AUGAAACUUUACCCAUUUGAAUAUUGCUGCUUCUGCGUUGAUCUACGCCUGGGCUCACUUAUUAUAGGAUGUAUAAAUUUGCUUGGUAACAUAGUUCUGGAAGUAUUUGCUUGCUAUGGACUUGAAGGUGGGGUGCUUCUGCAGUCCCUAAAUAUCAUCGGGGCAAAUGAAUUGGGCGUGUCUUUGGUCGUCAGUAAUUCCAUACUUGUGGUUAUUAUAACCGUGUUCAUUGGGUUCUCUUGCUUGCUUCUUUUCGGAAUUUAUACGAAUAGGCGCUCAUUUGUGAAGAUGUAUCUAAUCUAUGCGCUAGUGUUUCUCGUGGUAUACGCUAUAACAUUCUUCGUUCAGUUGGGCAAUGGAAUUACUGGAGUCGGCGAUAUAAUAGAAGGAGUCGUCACCAUUUUUUGCAACAUUUAUUUCAACCUGGUGAUCAAGAGUUACUACGAUGUGAUGCUAGUGGAUGAUGUACAGGCUACCUAUCGCUCAUAA